AUGGCAAACAUUGAACGUUCUUAUUCCCAGAGCUACCCCGACGCCGAAGGGUAUUUCGGUCAGUUUGGCGGCAAUCAUUAUCCGCCUGGGGUUCGACCGGCGCUGGAAGAAUUGGCCAACACUUAUCAGGAGCUGCGUCAAUCACCAGAAUUCCAGCGCGAGCUCAACAAGGUGCGAAUCGGACUGCAAGGGCGGCCGACACCGAUACAUUAUCUCGAAACUAUUUCGAAGGAGGUCGGGGGCGCUCAGAUCUUCGUCAAACGGGAGGAUUUGAAUCACACGGGCGCGCACAAAAUCAACCACUGUGUUGGCUUCGCACUUCUUGCGAAGAAAUUGGGGAAGACGAAGCUGAUUGCCGAGACCGGGGCCGGUCAACAUGGCGUCGCGCUCGCCACUGCAGCGGCGUAUUUUGGCCUUGAAUGUGAAGUUCACAUGGGCGAGAUCGAUAUCAGUAAACAGAGGUCGAAUGUCGGUCGCAUGCAGCUGCUCGGCGCACGCGUAGUGCCAGCAACCACUGGCCAAUCUGCCUUGAAGGAAGCGAGCGACUCCGCAUUUAAUGCAUAUGUAGAGCAGCAUGCCCACGCGCUAUAUGCGAUCGGAUCGGCUAUCGGGCCACAUCCCUUCCCCAUGAUUGUUCGAGACUUCCAAGGUGUAGUUGGCCAAGAGGCCCGCGAGCAAUUCCUUUCGAUCACGAAUGGUAGCUUGCCCGAGCAUGUUGUUGCUUGCGUUGCAGGGGGCUCGAAUGCGAUGGGUAUGUAUUCAGGUUUCCUUGAGGAUUCGGGGGUCGUUCUGCACGCCGUGGAACCGCUGGGCAAAUCCGAUGAACUCGGCCAACACGCGGCGACCUUAUCCUAUGGCAGACCGGGAACGUUGCAUGGUGCCCGAUCGAUUGUGUUGCAGCAAGAUGAUGGUGCGCCUGCGAGUGUCUCGUCCGUGGCAUCUGGGCUGGUCUACCCCGGCAUCGGCCCGGAGAUUGCGAUGCUGCAUCAAAUCGGUCGGCUUUCCGUCGCAGCAAUUUCCGAUGAGGAAGUCAUCAGUACCUUUUUCCGCAUGGCAAAACUUGAGGGAAUCAUCCCUGCAUUGGAAAGUGCGCAUGCGGUAGCGUUCGCGAUUCGAUUGGCGUCGCAGCGCCCUUCGUCCGAAAGAAUCCUGGUCAAUCUUUCGGGGCGCGGCGACAAAGACGUUGACUACGUGCUUGAGAAUUAUGGGACAGGUGUAUCUAGUCUCUAG